AUGUUGGAAGAGUGUACUUCGGAGCCAAGGCAGAAGUCUCAGAGCGCAAGUGUGUCGUGGGAUUUGAGCCCGGGAGGGAUAAGCCAAGAAAUGUUGUCGUUGGAAUCGAUUGCCAGCCUACACAUUCGUGCUGCAUCGACUACUUUUACGCGAGGCGACUCUAGCCCGAAUGAGUUUGCUUUUGUGAGGAGUCACCGGAGUGAGUUGCCUCAGAAAGCUAGACCUGCUGUUAAGCCGUUUUCGCGCGUCGCGAUGGAUUCCCAGCAACAGUUCUGUUUAACAUGGAACAAUCAUCAGAAGAACUUGACUCACGUUUUGUCCAGCAUGUGGUUAUCGCAGGCUUUGACGGACUGCAUGCUAGCCUGCGAAGGCAAAUGCAUAAAAGCCCACAAGAUUAUCUUGGCUGCAUGUAGUUCAUACUUCGAAGAAAUUUUGGCGAAUUAUGGAUCCGAGAAAGAGCCGGUGAUUAUCCUGCGUGACACUCCUUAUGCUGACCUAUGUGCCAUUCUGGAGUUCAUGUACUACGGGGAAGUGCGAGUCGGCCAGAAUGACAUGAAGUCUCUCCUCGCCACGGCCGAUGUGUUGAAGGUGAAGGGCCUCGCUGAAAUUACGCCACCCGGCGUGAAUUCGGCCAUGAAAGGCGAUGCCUCAAAGUCUGGCGGGUCCGGUCAGAUCAAGAUCCUUAAGCCCAACGUUGUCAGUGAAAAUGGACCGAAAUCGUCUAAUGCAUCCUCUGGAAGUUUGACUCAAGUUUUGAAACCGCAAGCUAUUUUGCCAGACGACGUCAAGAACGAGAGCAGCACGAGGGAAGGAUCGGUGUCAUCGCAUGAUUCGGAGUACGGUGCUAUGAUAAUCGACGAAGAAAAUCACGUGGACGAUGGAGGAUAUGUGCAUGUUGAAGCUUCCACAAGCAAUUCUGAAGCUGGUGGCGUGAAUGGUGGCAUGAACAUGAUGGACAUGCUGACUCCUUCGGUCAGCUUUUGCGAAGGUCAAGGCAGUUUUGACUCAGAAAAUGGGCAACCAACGAGUGAUCCUUUGUCUAUUGGCCUUAGUCCAUCGGACUGCCCGCCACCGAGCCAAAAUUACAAUAUCAGCGGAGUGGUAAAACUCGACCAGUACUUGAACCAGGGAGGCACGCGGUCGGGCUUCUGGGCCGAGCCGUUUUCUCGUCGCAUCAUGGAGAUGAUCUCGAAGAACACUCUUGACAUGAAAAACGCUGCCGAGAUGGUUGGUGUGUCCUAUGCUGUUCUUUACGCCAAGUACCGCGAGUUGUACGGGUACCGCAAGCACCCGAACCUCGGCCGUGUCAAGUUGGGCGCUGGCCCUAGCCGCCCCUUGAGCGUGAUCCCCGGUGCCAUGCGGACCCCGCGGCGUCGUCACUCGAUCGAUUGGACCAAUGAAAACGUGCAACACGUGUGUUCGAUGAUCUCCGCGAGGCAGAUCUCGAUCAAGAAGGGAUCCGAGAUGUUGGGGAUCGACUAUAGCACGCUUUACUAUCACUUGGUGCGGAAUAGCCCCGGGAAGGCGAACGCAGCACGCUUGGGCAUGAAGGCAGAAGCCAUUGCCAAUCCUGUCUAAUGGCCCCUUUUUGAUGACCUCGAAGAAGAGUCAAGAUGGAAAGAACCAAAAGUUCACGCGGAAUUGUGAUGCGGAUCAACUCUUUUUUGUUUUGUUUUUCUGAACUGCCCCUUGUUAAUAUUUACUGUUAAUAGUUCAUAGUUGUACUGGGAUGACGAGAGUGCACCGGAAACAUCGAAGGGGUGAUGAAAAGUGAGAGGCGUCUGAUGACAUUUUAUAAUGCCAGCUUUUUAGUGGAUUUGUUAUCUCUGUUGAUGGCAUUUUUUGUCCUGAGGUGGCAGCUUACGAUGAAGGUAUUUUAUGUGGAUACGAUUUCCAGUUCUUUACUGGUGCACGUUUGCCAAGUCGUAUUCUACUCGCGAUGCUGCUCCGAAUGUGCAUGGGCUCUCCGUAAUGGCAAGGAUGGAGUGCGUUUGAGGAACGUUACAUUUUCUAUUGCAUUAAUCUGAAGUCUCGUUGGGAUCGCAUUCCAGAGCACUCUAAAACUGAAUGCGGAUGAAGACGGAGAAUCUCGUUGAUUGUAGCGCAAGAACUUUUUUUUAAAUCACUCAGGUCAUAGAAUGUUCAAGAGUAUGAAGAAGUCCCGCGACGAAUGCGAAAGUUCCGGAAAUAUGUAGAUUGUAUUGUGAGAAAUGUUUCAUCUACAGUAUAUGUGAUGGAGCGAACACAGGGUUUUUCGUAAUUUCUGAAUUCAUGUUUUUUUCGCUCGCGACGAUGUUAUGGAAGCUUUUGUUAGUGGACGUUUAGGUUAGUCGAUGUACGGACAACGAUAAAGAUCCUAAGUGGCGAUGCGUUGUUUGCAUUGCUGACUUUUUUACA